ACAAGAGAAAGAUAGUAGAAGAAAAAAAAACAUUGAGAAAAGACUUGUGAAUUCCUCAGAAUCAAGAGAUACUAUGGCACAGCAGCAGAACAAACUGAAGCUCUAUUCUUACUGGAGGAGUUCCUGCUCCUUCCGCAUCAGAGUCGCCCUUAACCUCAAAGGUCUGGAUUAUGAGUACAUACCCGUUAACUUGCUUAAGGGGGAGCAGUUCAGUCCUGAAUUCCAAAAGCUGAAUCCUAUUGGGUAUGUACCGGUGCUGGUGGACGGUGACGUUGUCGUUUCAGACUCUUUCGCAAUUUUCAUGUAUCUAGAGGAGAAAUACCCUCAAAUCCCCUUAUUGCCAUCCGAUCUUGCUAAGAAGGCACUCAAUAUCCAGGCCGCGAAUAUUGUUUCCUCAAGCAUUCAGCCUCUUCAGAAUCUAGCUGUGCUGAAGUACAUCGAGGAAAAAGUAAGUCCGGAAGAGAAAGUUCCUUGGGCAAAAUUUCAUAUCGAGAAAGGCUUCGGAGCACUUGAGAAGCUGUUAAAAGAUCAUGCUGGAAAAUAUGCGAUCGGAGAUGAAGUUGCCAUGGCAGAUGCAUUCCUAGCACCACAGAUUCUUGCUGGGAUACAACGAUUCAAUGUCGACAUGGCUAAAUUCCCGCUUUUAACUCGGUUGAACGAGGCAUAUAGUGAGCUACCGGAAUUCCAAAAGGCUAUACCAGAGAAUCAGCCGGAUGCUCCUUCGGCAUAGGGCGCUUGUUAAGACGGUGAAUGAUGAAUGAUAAUAAGGAUUAUGUUAGUCCUGAAGUUUAUGUAAGAAUCUAUAAUAUCAUAUAUUAUGCAACAUGGACAUAUCAUAAACAUGUAUGGCAUGUUUAUCCGAAUUAAAUUGGGUGGUUUAAUUCUCCA